AUGAUAAGAGAGCUAAGUCAAUCUGAGGAAGAAAAUAGCCCAAAAAUUCUGACAUUUGGAUCAUCGAACGAAGAUGCAUUUCUUACACAGUUGGAUUUCUCGUCCGAGUAUACUCCGACUACACGCGAUGGAUCAGAGGAAGAUGAUGAAUUUGAGGUUAUUUUAGUAGGGCGUAAAAAACUCAAAAAGACAAAUGAAUUACCAUCUUCUUCUUCUCUUCCAUUGCCUGGGCUAUGA